UUACCCGGCAUACAGCAGCAGGAGCAGGCUGGGCUUAGGGAUCUAUUGUUCCCUGUUUUAUUACCGCAAGAGCUCAUUCGCACUCAUUAAGUAGCCAGGGGAAUAAGAGAAACACAGAGGGAGAGGAGAGCGUGAGGAAACCUCACCCUCGCUUGCUCAGGAUUACUUCUUGGAUGCGGUGGCGUGGACAAAGCAGAAAAUUCACUUGAGUGCCGCUCUCUACCUUGUGGCCAGGCUCACAUUUUCCUCUUGAUUGCAUUGGGAACAGCAGUAUUUGCCGUGCGGUGGCCAUGGGGACGGCCGGCAGAGGUAUCAGGAUCCGAGAGGUAUUGAAAGGAGCCCCACUCCUCUCUCUCUGGACGUUAGCGCUGCUGUUUUUACCCAUGUGGGAACUGGAUGCACAAGCUGCAGUGGAAACUAGACCCGUGUACAUCUGGCGAACAGGUCCGUGGGGUCGUUGUAUGGGAAGUGAAUGUGGUCCUGGAGGCAGCCAGAGUAGAGCGGUAUGGUGCGCUCAUUCUGAAGGUUGGACCACCCUGCAUACCAACUGUGACCAAGCAGAACGACCAGACAACCAGCAGAGCUGCUUCAGGGUGUGUGACUGGCACAAAGAGCUGUAUGACUGGCAGCUGGGUGCCUGGAACCAGUGUGUCCCAGUGAUGCGCGGUGCAAGGGUGCAGCGUCCUACCACGUGCACUCAGGGAGAGGAAGGAAUUCAGACCCGUGAGGUGGGAUGUGUUCAAAAAGCAAAGGGGGAGCCUGCAGAAGAUGCAAUCUGUGAAUACUUUGAGCCCAAACCGCGCCUGGAGCAGGCCUGUCUCAUCCCAUGUCCUCAGGACUGUGUGGUGUCUGAGUUUAUCCCGUGGACUCCCUGUUCUAAAACCUGCGGGAUAGGGUUACAGAACCGCAUCCGCUUUGUUCUGGCUCCACCAUUGUUCGGUGGGGCAGCCUGCCCAAAUCUGACUGAAUUUCAGACAUGCCAGCUAGGUCCCUGUCAGGGAGAAGAGAGCCUUUACAGUCUCAGGGUGGGUCCCUGGGGCCCAUGCACUGUCCCACUGCCAAGGCAAACCAGACAGGCUGACAAACCACCAAGAGAGAGUGAAAAACAACCCCGGGAAAGUGCUAAACUUUCUAAUGAGGGAGACAAACUCACCAAAGAGGGUGAAAAACCACCCAGAGGAGAUGGCAAACAGGCCAGAGAAGGUGAAAAACAGUUAAAAGAAGGAGACAAACAGCCCAAAGACGGCGAAAAUCCACUUAAAUCCAAAAGAAAACUGGGCAGGGGAAACAGGAAUAGGAAAUCAGACAGGCCAUCGCUGCUGGCUGAUCGGCCGAAACGACAGAAAAAAGCAAAAAACAAAGAAAAAAGAGAGAAAUUAAGAGAGAAAGUCCAAGAGAGGUUAAGGGAGAGGGGCAAAGCAAAAGAUGCUGAGACCAGAGAACUCAUCAAAAAGAAGAGGAACAAGAAUCGUCAGAACCGCCCGGGAGGAAAGUUCUGGGACCUACAGACCGGAUUUCAGACCAGAGAAGUGACCUGUGUGCAUAAGAGCGGGGCUGUCGAAGCUCUCAGCCUGUGCUCUCAGGAGACUUUGCCGGUGACCUUCCAGGCUUGUGUGAUAACCAAAGACUGUGAUGUGACUGAAUGGUCCAAAUGGUCUGCUUGCACCAAGGAGUGCUAUGACCCCACCAGUCCCAAGGCGGUGUGGACUCGCACUAGAAAAGUGACCCAGUUCCCUGUGGGUGGAGGAAUAGAUUGUCCAGAGUUGGAGGAGAAGGAGCCCUGCACCCCCCAGAGUGACGUGGUACCACCCUGCAUUACGUACAGCUGGAAGACCACAGAAUGGACAGAGUGCAAGGUGGACAUGCUACUGAGCCAGCAGGACCGCCGACGUGGAAACCAUACAGGAAUGUGCGGAGGUGGUACUCAGACGCGGGAGGUGUACUGUGUGCAAGCCAGCACUGACACACCAUCAAACCUCAGUCCUCUCAGGAGCAAAGAAGCACUGCGGCCAGUGGACAGUAAGCUUUGUCUGGGUAUUCCUCCAAACACCACCCAACUCUGCCACAUAAGCUGUCCUGUUGAUUGUGAGGUAUCUUCGUGGAGCACGUGGGGACCCUGCACGUAUGAAAAUUGUCAAGACCAGGUAGCCAAGAAAGGCUUUAAGUUGAGGAAGAGGAGAAUCAUCAAUGAACCAACAGGUGGGACAGGAAACUGCCCCCACCUGGUGGAGGCCAUACCAUGUGAAGACCCGAGCUGCUACGACUGGCUGGUGGUUAAACUGGAGGACUGUAUCCCAGAUAAUGAGGAGAAGUGUGGACCAGGAACCCAGAUCCCUCAGGUCCAGUGUGUCAACAGUGACGGUGAAUAUGUGGAUCGACAACUCUGCCAGGAUGCCAUCCUUCCUAUGCCAUUUAUCUGCGAGGUGCCUUGCCCUAAGGACUGUGCCUUGAGCCCCUGGAGCCCCUGGUCUCUCUGCUCCCAUACCUGCUCUGGAAAGAACACAGAGGGCAAACAGACCAGAGCUCGUUCCAUCCUCGCCUAUAAUGCAGGAGAAGGUGGAGUCCAGUGUCCAAACAUCAGUGCUCUGCAGGAGGUGAGAAGGUGCAAUGACCAUCCCUGUACGGUCUACCACUGGCAAACUGGUCCAUGGGGACAAUGCAUCGAGGACUCUUUCAUUCCAUCAACCAACACAUCUGUGGGGCGUACUCGUGGAGAUGAUGUCUCCUGUUCUGUGGGGAUGCAAACCCGCAAAGUCAUUUGUGUCCGGGUGAAUGUGGGCCAGGUUCCUCCCAAAAAGUGUCCAGAGAGCGUUCGUCCAGACACUGUCAGGCCCUGUUUGCUGCCAUGCAAGAGAGACUGUAUUGUCACCCCAUACAGUGAUUGGAGCCCCUGUCCAUCAACGUGUCAGACAGGCGGUAACACUAAAAAGAAGCAAUACAGGAAACGGCUCAUCAUCCAGUUGCCAGCUAACGGAGGACAGGACUGCCCUGAGGUACUGACCCAGGAAAGAGAUUGUGAGACUCCCUCUGUCUGUGAGGGAUACAGAUGGAAAACUCAUAAGUGGCGAAGAUGUCAAUUGGUUCCAUGGUCUGUUCGGGAGGGCAGUCCUGGGAAUCAGGAGCUCUGUGGGCUAGGUCUGCAGGUUCGAGCUGUUUCAUGCCGAAAGCAGGAUGGUGGGCAAGCAGACAUUGAAGCUUGUCUUAAGUUUGCUAGCUCCAUGCCAUCUCUCACCCAACCCUGUCAGGUGCCCUGCCAGGAAGACUGUCAACUCAGCAGCUGGUCCAAGUUUUCUUCCUGUACAGCAGAUUGUGUGGGUGUCAGAACCCGCAAAAGGAUGCUAGUAGGGAGAAGUAGAAAGCAUGACCAGUGUAAAAACAACCAGCUGUAUCCCCUAAGUGAGACUCAGUACUGCCCAUGUAAUAAAUACAAUGCCCAGCCUGUAGGCAACUGGUCGGACUGUAUCCUAUCCGAGGGUGGUCGCAUGGAGGGUCAGCUUGGCAUGAAGAUACAAGGUGACAUCAAAGAGUGUGGCCAAGGCUACCGCUACCAAGCCAUGGUGUGCUAUGACCAAGACAACAGGAUAGUGGAGACUUCUCGAUGCAACAGCCACGGGUAUAUUGAGGAAGCCUGCAUCAUUCCUUGUCCAUCUGACUGCAAACUAAGUGAGUGGUCCAACUGGUCUCGCUGUAGCAAAUCAUGUGGCAGUGGGGUCAAAGUUCGCUCUAAAUGGCUCCGAGAAAAACCAUACAAUGGUGGCAGACCUUGCCCUAAAUUGGACCAUGUCAACCAGGCUCAAGUCUAUGAGGUGGUGCCUUGCCUCAGCGACUGUGGGCAGUAUGUGUGGGUGGCAGAGCCUUGGAGUGUGUGGAAAGUCAGCAAUGUGGACCUGAAUGACAACUGUGGUGAAGGUGUUCAAACCCGAAACGUCAAGUGCAUGCUGAACACUAUAGACGGGCCCUCUGAACAGGUGGAGGACUACUUGUGUGACCCAGAGGAAAUGCCUUUGGGGGCCCGCAAGAGCCACCUGCCCUGCCCGGAAGACUGUGUGUUGUCAGACUGGGGAGCUUGGAUCCCAUGUCCACUGCCAUGUAGUGAGAACAGCACCCGGGAGAGGAGUGCUUACCCGCUCCGACAGCCAGGAGAAAAGAAGGAGUGUCCACCGACUGAAGAGACAGAGCCAUGCAAACUCAACAGGAACUGCUUUCACUACACCUACAACAUCACUGAAUGGAGUACCUGUCAGCUCAGUGACAAAGCAGUGUGUGGAAAUGGAUUCAAAACCCGCAUGCUGGACUGUGUGCGUAGUGAUGGUAAAUCUGUAGACCUCAUCUUCUGCAAAGAGCUUGGUCUGGAGAGAAAGUGGCAAAUGAAUGCAUCCUGUGUUGUGGAGUGUCCUGUUAACUGCCAGCUGUCUGACUGGUCACCAUGGUCUGGCUGUAGUCACACAUGUGGACUGGCAGGCAAACUGUGGAGGAGACGGACGGUGAUCCAAGCUCCGCAGGGUGAUGGGAGGCCAUGUCCAUCCCAAAUGGAGCAGUGGAAGCCCUGCCUGGUGAAGCCCUGCUACAGGUGGAGAUACAGCACCUGGUCUGAGUGCAAAUCUGAGGUCAAUUAGCCUUCCUCUUCUUCUUCAACAUAUUUACCAGAAUAUGUGGUGGACGAUGAACUGUGUGGGGAUCUGGAGCCCUCAGUAGAAGGAAACACACAGAUAGUUCUGCAGGAAGCCUGUACUGUACCCUGUCCAGGAGAGUGCUACUUGACAGACUGGACUGUUUGGAGUUCAUGCCAGCUAAGCUGCAUAAAUGGAGCUGACCUGGGCUUCGGUUCAGUCCAAGUUCGAUCUAGAGCCGUGGUGGCCCAGGAUCCAGAGAACCUGCUGCAGUGUCCCGAACAAGAGCUUGAAGCACGACCGUGCACAGACGGUGAAUGUUUUGAUUACAAGUGGAAAUCUGGACCAUGGAGAGGCUCGUCUCGGCACGUCUGGUGUGAGCGUUCGGAUGGUCUCAAUGUCACAGGUGGAUGCCUUACAACAGCCAAACCAAAGGCAGACCGAUCGUGUAACCCACCAUGCACCAAGCCACAGUCCCUGUGCACAGAGGCGGGUGUGUGUGGCUGUGAAGAUGGCUACACUGAAGUGAUGACAUCUGAUGGCUUGCUGGACCAGUGCACUCUCAUUCCAGUGCUAGAGAUCCCCACUGCAGGUGACAACAAGGCUGACGUUAAGACGAUCCGAGGCUUCAACCCCACUCAACCUGCAGCCAGCUCACCGGGCAGGGCAGGACGCACCUGGUUCCUGCAGCCCUUUGGUCCAGAUGGGAAGCUGAAAACCUGGGUGUAUGGAGUAGCAGCAGGAGCAUUUGUGCUGCUUGUCUUUAUAAUCUCCAUGACAUACUUAGCAUGCAAAAAGCCAAAGAAGCCACAGAGACGCCAGAUGAACAACAGACUGAAGCCUUUGACUCUGGCUUACGAUGGAGAUGCAGACAUGUAGAAGUCUUCCUGCUCAACGUACAAACAUUUGUCCUCCUUCAGAACUUACGGCAUCGCCGUGGAAACCCUUUGAUAUCAGCGCCAAUGCUGAGACUCGUUCACAUGCAAAAGAAGAACCUCAAAGAUCAAGACUGACCACGUUCAUUAGCAGCCUAGUUUUCCCCGUCUGUUUUUAAAUGUUCAUUUUGGCAUUUUUUUCACAAGAGCCUUCAUGGAUUCUUUGUUUCCUGCUGAAAGUCCUCCUUUGCUUCUUUGCCAUCUACCACUGCCCAAAAUAUUCAAACAACAGUCACUGAAUAGUGUCUCCGCAGAACAAAUACUUCUGUGAAAAUCAUUCCCUCGUUUUUUUCACUGCUCGGUGACAUUGCCUUGAUAUCACUCGUUCUGUGUCAAAUGAACAUUCGGAGGCCUGAGUGUCAUUAUGGCUUCGGUGCAUCUCACAGGAAACAACAUGACGAGGAGACAAAAAGGAGCUUAAUAAAUCCCAGAGACAGCAUCACUUCUGCCUGCCUGUCCCUUCUCCAUUUUUCAGGGAUAAUUUUGCACUAUAUUAGUGCAGCAUGAUAUGUACUUAGGUCUAGGUAUGCCUGUCUCAAUACAGAUGUUGUAGAAAUGUACAGAAGAAGGCUUUUUUGCAAACGAAAACUCACCAAUGUUUGUAAUUAUUUUUCUUCUAUUGCCUCUUUUUACAUGAUUUGAUGGGACUUUGUGUAAAUAGGAUUUUUUUUAAUGUGGUCUCAACUUUAUCUUUCUAUCAUGUCUAGCUAAAUGUUCCAAACUCUGCCAGUUAAUCUCUGACAUUUUUUUUUUACUAAUUGUAACAACCGUUUUAAUUUCAAUUUAAUUUAUAUAGUGCCAAAUCACAACAUCGAGGCACUUUAUAUUAUAAGAUAAAGACCCUACAAUCAAACCAACCCCCUUUGAACAAGCACUUGUUGACAGUGGGAAGGAAAAACUCCCUUUUAACAGGAAGAAACCUCUGACAGAACAGGCUCAGGGAGGGGCGGCCAAAUUUCAGAACCAGUUGGGGGUUGUGUGAUUUUAUCUUUGUAAAUACGUAACAUACAUCAAAAUCUUCUGUGGAAAAUUCAAACAUCAUGAAAGCCUUUAGAUUAUUACAUGGAAAGAACAAAGAAAAAGUCUAAAAAAACUAAACAUGGAAGAUAAGUUCAUCAUCAAAUUGUUUCUUUCAUCCCCAAGAACUCUCAGUUAAGUCCAUCUAAGAAAUAUUAUAUUUAACACCAAAUUUUUGACUUUAGCGCUGUUUGUUUGUUUUUUUAAUUCAUUAUUGAAAUUAAUGGCUUUACCAGUGGCUACUAAGUUUGGACCACUUGUUAUUUACUUACGAUCAGCUACGAGUGUACAUCUUUAAGCUUGGUUCUGCACCAGUUAUGUGGUGAAUUUGGGAAUCUCUCAGCCUGGCUUCUUUCUGAUAUGUCAGCCCGUUCUCACUCCCGAGGCGUAACAUGCCGACAUUUUGUCACGUCCCGCGGCGUUCCUGAGGAACACGAAAGGAGACCUUCAGCGUUGUUAUGGUACGCGGCGGGUUAUGGGCGAAAUCCAGUGCAAUGACGCUCCCGCGGUAAUAGACGUUCCAGCCCUGUAUUCCAGCCCUAAACCUAACCUUAUCCCUAGCCCUAACCAUAACCUUUUU